CUUCUAGCGCCCAGUGACCAAAGAUCUGACCACUGACGAAGCCUGACUCAACCGAACGCAGCUCAAGAUGGACACCGGUGUUAUUGAAGGUGGUUUAAAUGUCACGCUCACCAUCCGACUACUUAUGCAUGGAAAGGAGGUCGGAAGCAUCAUUGGGAAGAAAGGGGAGUCCGUAAAGAAGAUGCGCGAGGAGAGUGGUGCUCGCAUUAACAUCUCAGAAGGGAACUGCCCUGAACGGAUCAUCACCCUUGCUGGACCCACCAAUGCCAUCUUCAAAGCAUUUGCGAUGAUCAUUGACAAACUGGAAGAGGACAUCAGCAGCUCCAUGACCAAUAGUACAGCUGCCAGCCGGCCCCCAGUCACCCUCCGGCUUGUGGCCCCCGCCAGCCAGUGUGGCUCCCUCAUUGGAAAAGGAGGCUGCAAGAUCAAAGAGAUAAGAGAGAGCACGGGGGCACAGGUCCAGGUGGCAGGAGACAUGCUGCCUAACUCGACCGAGCGAGCCAUUACCAUCGCUGGGAUCCCACAGUCCAUCAUUGAGUGUGUCAAACAGAUCUGCGUCGUCAUGCUUGAGUCUCCCCCAAAGGGCGUCACCAUCCCCUACCGACCCAAGCCAUCCAGCUCUCCUGUCAUCUUUGCAGGCGGUCAGGACAGGUACAGCAGCGGCAGUGCGAGCUACCCCCACACCGCCCCAUCCAUGUGCCUCAACUCUGACUUGGAGGGACCACCUCAGGAGGCCACCCGGCAGCCACUGCAUGGCAACGAACUUGGGCCAAUUCCAGCCUGGGCUGCAGUUCUUCCGGCCUAUACCAUUCAAGGACAGUAUGCCAUUCCACAGCCAGAUCUGACCAAGCUGCACCAGUUGGCAAUGCAACAGUCACACUUUCCAAUGUCUCAUGGCAACACUGGAUUCAGUGGCAUUGAAUCCAGCUCUCCAGAGGUGAAAGGCUAUUGGGCAGGUUUGGAUGCGUCUGCUCAAACCACUUCUCACGAACUCACCAUUCCAAAUGAUUUGAUUGGCUGCAUCAUCGGGCGUCAGGGCGCCAAAAUCAAUGAGAUCCGCCAGAUGUCUGGGGCGCAGAUCAAAAUUGCCAAUCCAGUGGAAGGAUCUACUGACAGGCAGGUUACCAUAACUGGAUCUGCAGCAAGCAUUAGCUUGGCCCAGUAUCUAAUUAAUGUCAGUUUAGAAAGCGCUAAACCCUCCUCCCAGGCAGCCUCCGUCACGAUCCCUGACCACCUCAGCAUCAACCUCUCUCAACCCUCCACCCCUUCUUCUUCUUCCUCCUCCACCACCACCCCCUCGCUCGCCACAGCGGGGGCCUCCGAAGCACCCGCCAGCCUCCCCAACCCUCUUCCGACCGCCCCUUGUGUCUCCAGUCUGCUUGGCAUGAAACCUGUCCCUCUCCUGGCUCUAAAUGUUGUGUCUGCUGCUAAGGGUACCUCCACUUCAGCUGUGCCAUGUGUUACUAACAAACUGAAAGCGGAAAAGCAGAGAUUCUCUCCUUACUGAGUCUGCUUGUGGCCUUAGAGGACCAGCAGAUUGGUGGCAGCAUGGAGACCCCGUAGAGGAGACUUGGAAGAGCAAAAUUUUUCUUUUUUUUUCUUCCUCCUUUUUACUUCAAAGUGAGCUUGUGAUGUUUCUUAGAACGGAGUUUUUUUCUUUCCGGCUGCCGGCCGAGAGACAAUUUUCCCUGUGUCCUGACCCGGCCUGGAGUCUAGUGAUCUGUUUUAAUUCCUUCUCGAUUCUGCUAGCUUGUAGCCGUUGCUUUAUUAUUAUUUUUUUUCAGUAGCUUGUUUGCAAUUGCAGUGGGAAGACGAA